CAUCUGCACUUUCCUGAAGGAGAGGUGUUUCCGAUGUGCCCCUCACCGAGUUCGAGUGUCCAAAGUUGUGAAGGUCAGGUGACUGAAGAUUACAAACCUGACCCUCAAAUCUACGUCCAGCUCAUCCAAGAGUGUGAGAAACUGGGGAAGGAAGGCGAGUUCUCCCCCUGCUUCACGGAGCUGCAGAGAGCCUUCCUGAAGGAGCGUCCAGCCAAGCUGAAGAGCCUCAUCCGCCUGGUGAAGCACUGGUACCUGAUGUCUUCCCAUAUCACGAAAGGAGGGCUCCAUCCUUCCAGCUAUGCUGGGCAGAACCAAGAGACAUGGGAAAAAACUACCUCACAGUAUGCCCUGGAGCUGCUGACCGUCUAUGCCUGGGAACAAGGAAGCUCAGAACCAAAGUUCAGCACAGCUCAGGGAUUUCGGACUGUUUUGGAGUUAGUCCUGAAGCAUCGGGGCCUCUGCAUCUACUGGAAAAAGUAUUAUGACUUUGAAAACCCUACUAUUAGAUGAUACCUGAGAGGACAACUUGCAAAACGCAGCUCACAGGUUCAGGACGCAGUUAAUUUUGCUGCCUCUGGCUCUCCAGUCCCCAGCGUCACGAUGGGGCUCAGCGAUACCCCGGCCAAGUCUCUAGACAAGUUCAUUGAAGACCACCUCCUGCCAAACGAGGAGUUUGGCACUCAGGUCAAAGAAGCCAUUGACAUCAUCUGCACUUUCCUGAAGGAGAGGUGUUUCCGAUGUGCCCCUCACCGAGUCCGAGUGUCCAAAGUUGUGAAGGGUGGCUCCUCAGGCAAAGGCACGACCCUCAGAGGACGAUCAGAUGCUGACCUCGUCGUCUUCCUCACCAAUCUCACAAGUUUUCAGGAACAGUUUGAGCGCCGAGGAGAAUUCAUCGAAGAAAUUAGGAGACAGCUGGAAGCUUGUCAAAGAGAGAAAACAUUUGAAGUGAAGUUUGAGGUGCAGAAACGAUGGGAGAAUCCCCGCGUUCUCAGCUUUGUGCUGAGGUCCCCCAAGCUCAACCAGGCGGUGGAGUUCGAUGUCCUGCCUGCCUUUGAUGCCCUGGGUCAGUUGACCAAAGGUUACAGACCUGAUCCUAAAAUCUACGUUCAGCUCAUCCAAGAGUGCAAGAAACUGGGGAAAGAAGGUGAGUUCUCCCCCUGCUUCACGGAGCUGCAGCGAGACUUCCUGAAGGAGCGUCCCACCAAGCUGAAGAGCCUCAUCCGCCUGGUGAAGCACUGGUACCAACAGUGUAAGGAGCAGCUUGGAAAGCCAUUGCCCCCACAAUAUGCCCUGGAGCUUCUGACGGUCUAUGCCUGGGAGCAAGGGUGCAAGGAAACAGGAUUCAUCACAGCUCAGGGAUUUCAGACUGUCUUGGAAUUAGUCCUGAAGUAUCAGAAGCUUUGCAUCUACUGGAAAAGGAAUUAUAACUCUGAAAACCCUAUUAUUGAAGAAUACCUGAGAAGUCAACUUGCAAAACCCAGGCCUGUGAUUCUGGACCCGGCGGACCCUACAGGAAAUGUUGCUGGUGGAGACCUAUAUAGCUGGAAGCGGCUGGCACAAGCAGCUUUGGUCUGGCUGGAUUACCCAUGCUUUAAGAAAUGGGACGGGUCUCCAGUGGGCUCCUGGAAUGUGUCGCCUCCAGAGUUGUCCUACAGAAGACUGAGGUGGCCAGGCCUUUAUAGCCCCAACACCGGUCAGCUGCUGAAUGUGGACAACCCAGGAGGGGGCGUGACCUUCCUCGAAGGCCAUCCAGGCGGCAGGUCACAGCGUCCACCGGGAAUGCUUACUGAGACCCGUGCCAAGCGGGGAGGCCCAGCUCUCCAAUGUGACCACCUGCUUCUUUUCAGCCCCAAGAACACACUGUCAUCUCAGCAGCCAGUCAGAGCCAUGGGCAGCUGGGAGGCCCACCUCUAUGAACAGCCUUCUGAGACACUGGAGGAGUUUAUCCAGAACUACCUGAGGCCCUCUGAAGACUGUCAGAAAGACAUCGACCAGUCAGUGGACACCAUCUGUGCAGUCCUGCAGAAACCCUGCCAGUCCCUCACCGCGACAGGGGUGGCCAAGAGAGCCCGGGGCGUCACAGACCUGUUUGGGAGAAGGAGCCAGAUCCCUCCUGGGGGUAAGGCGGGGCAAGGAGGGCAGCUUUCGUUUCAGGCGGAUCCUGGCUACCACCUGAAACUCAGGCCUGCACCACUCUAUAUGACCCCAGGCCAUCUGCUCGAUAAGUUCAUCGAGGACUUUCUCCAGCCCGACCAGACUUUCCAAGACCAGAUCAAGAAGGCUCUUAAAACCAUCUGUUCAUUCCAUGAAGAAAAUUGCUUUUGACAUUCAACUACAAAGAUUCAAGUUAUCCAGGUGAGUGGGGGGUCGACUGCAAAAGGCACGGCUCUGAAGACUGGCUCCGAUGCCAACCUCGUAGUGUUCGCAGACUCGCUGAAAAGCUACACCUCCCCCCAAAACGAGAGAUGCAACAUCAUCAAGGAAAUCCAGAAGCAGCUGGAAGCCUGUCAGCAGAAGAAGGAUUUUGAAGUGAAGUUUGAGAUUUCAAAAUGGAAGGCUCGCUGGGUGCCGAGCUUCACUCUGAAAUCCAAAGUCCUCAGUGAAAGCGUUGACUUUGAUGUGCUGCCUGCAUUUAAUGCCCUGGGUGAACUGAUGUCUGGCUCCACAUCCAGCCCCAGGACCUAUGCUGAACUCAUCAGUUUGUAUAAAUCUUCUGAUGUUUCCCUGGGGGGAGAAUUUUCUGCAUGUUUCACGAAGCUACAGCACAAUUUUGUUCACUCCCUGCCCCCCAAACUGAAGGAUUUAAUUCACCUGGUGAAGCACUGGUACAAAUGGUGUGAAUGCAAACUGAAGCAAAAGGGGUCUCUGCCCCCCAAGUAUGCCUUGGAGUUGCUCACCAUCUAUGCCUGGGAGAAGGGGAGCAGGGCACAGGAUUUUGACUUGGCUGAAGGUUUCUGGACGGUCCUGGAGUUGGUCAUACAAUAUCAGCAUCUCUGUAUCUUCUGGUUGGUCAACUACAGUUUGAAUGAUGAGAGCAAAGUUCUGAGGAACUUCCUUCUGGACCAGAUGAAGAGAACCAGGCCUGUAAUCUUGGACCCAGCCGAUCCUACUGGCGACGUGGGUGGAGGGGACUGUUGGUGUUGGCAUCUUCUAGCGAAAGAAGCGACUGAAUGGUUGUCUUCUCUCUGCUUCAAAGAAAAGUUGGGAUGUCCCAUAUAACCGUGGAAAGUGCCCACAGAAUCAUCCUUCUACAGUGUCGUCUGAAGAUUACCCUGGGAUGGGCUUCCAUCCAAGAGCUUUCCCUGCUCUAGGAAGCUGAGAUUCACUCAGCCACACAUUACAGGUAGCCCAACUCAGGCGCUUAAAUGAUUGGGUCUUUUUGGUCCCAUUUGAUGAAAUCCUAAGGCAGGCAAUCCAGGAGUCACUCAACAGCUCCGUCAGGCUUUCCCCGGGAGCGGAUUGUCUCCACCAUGGCAGUUGGUGUCCGGGCCUGGAUAGUUCUUCAUGGUGUGAGGAGUGUCAGACGUUGAGCAGCGGCCUCUGGUUCCCUGCCCAGGAGAUGCGGGCUCACCACUCCCAAGGGCAGUAGCCGAAACGUCUCCAGGGACUUCCCUGCUAGGGAUCCACCUUUCGGUGCAGGGCACGUGGGUUCGAUCCCUGGUCGGGGAACUAAGACCCCACGCGCUGCAGGACGACUAAGCUCACGCACUCGGGAACCCAUGCAACACAGCUGGAAAGCCUGUGUGCCACGAUGCAAAAGACCCGUCACAGCCAAAUAAGUAAAUCAAUUCUUUUAAGAAAAAUGUCUCCAGAGAUGGCUGAGUGUCACUCGGGGCACGCUCAUCCCUAGCUCCUUCUGGCUCCACCCUCUUUAGUUGUCUAGUUGAGUCUUCCUGGCACUGAAGUAGCUGUUGCCCCUCUGGGUGGCGGGUUCGCCAUCAGGCUGGAGGAGCAGAAAGGUGGAGGACACCUACCCACAGGGUGUCUUACUCAAAGCCUCACCCAGCAAAGUCUUAGGUUUCCUUACCCGGAUCCGUCAUGCAUUGCUUGCAGCUUAAAAGUGACUCCAGAAAGGGGGGCGGUGAAGACAGGCAUGGGUGGGGGUUGGGUCAGUCAACCAAGAGUGCCUGCCACACCUGUUCAAAUCUCCACCUCCUGCCAAGAUACCUGCCACCAGGUGUACUUGGCUCUCCCACCAGUUCCUCCGUCAACAGGUACCCCAAAAGUGUCCCUGGUAAUCGUCUGACUUGGCUUAUUAUAUGGCAGAAACCAACACAACAUUGUAAAGCAAUUUUCCUACAAUUAAAAGUUUUUUAAAUAAAAAAAAAGAAACAUGUAGUCACAGAUCAUCACUGAAAGUACCUAGGGUACC